UCAAGAUUAAAAAGAAGGUUAGAUUUCUUCUUCUCUUCGAUCUUCUUAAGAGUCUCCGAAUUGCGAUUUUGCGUCUCGCUCCAAGCUGAUGAGCUCUGCCUCUUCCUCCCAGAUGGGUCAGCUCGUUGCUGACAAGCAUGUACGUUACAUUCUGAUGGCAGAAAAGAAGAAGGAGAGUUUGGAGUCUGUUGUUAUGGACCAUCUGAGAAUGAAUGGUGCAUACUGGGGACUCACCACUCUCGACUUACUCGACAAGCUGGGCACUGUUUCUGAAGAUGAAGUCGUUUCAUGGAUCAUGACUUGCCAGCAUGAAUCUGGUGGCUUUGCCGGUAAUACUGGGCACGAUCCACAUAUCUUAUAUACCCUCAGUGCUGUACAAAUCUUGGCCCUCUUUGACAAAAUUAACAUUCUUGACGUUGGGAAAGUGUCAAGUUAUGUUGCUGGGUUGCAGAAUGAAGAUGGGUCCUUCUCAGGAGAUAUGUGGGGUGAAAUAGAUACAAGGUUUUCGUACAUAGCUAUAUGCUGUCUAUCAAUAUUGAAAUGUCUUGACAAAAUCAAUGUGGAGAAGGCCGUUGAGUACAUUGUGAGUUGCAAAAACCUGGAUGGUGGUUUUGGGUGCACACCUGGGGCAGAGUCCCAUGCAGGACAGAUUUUCUGUUGCGUGGGUGCUCUUGCUAUCACCGGGAGUCUUCAUCAUGUUGACAAGGACUUACUUGGUUGGUGGUUGUGUGAAAGACAAACAAAGACUGGGGGCUUAAAUGGACGACCUGAGAAACUCCCUGAUGUUUGCUAUUCAUGGUGGGUCCUAUCGAGCCUAAUCAUGAUCGAUAGAGUUCACUGGAUCGACAAAGCAAAGCUUGCCAAGUUCAUCUUGGAUUGUCAGGAUUUGGACAACGGAGGCAUCUCAGACCGACCAGAGGAUGCUGUUGAUAUCUUUCACACCUACUUUGGAGUUGCAGGGCUUUCCCUCCUUGAGUAUCCUGGAGUGAAAGCAAUUGAUCCAGCCUACGCUUUACCUGUUGAUGUCAUCAACCGGAUUGCCUUCACCAAAUGAUUGCUAAUCUAGAGACAAUUAUACUUGCAAUGGGUAUAAUCUUAAUGGUCAAAUAGUAUGGCAGCAAGGCUUUAUUUCCUUUGUUCAAUGGGUAGUUUACUUGGGCGGUUUUAGAAGUUCUGUAUGCUCAACCAAGUGGAUUGGAUUCAGUGAUUACUGUGAUAAUGAAGUUAGAUAUUCUUGGUCCAUUCCUUCGUUUCCUUCAGCACUUUUGCAAAACUCGAGUCUCAAUGUUAUAUAACAUGCUUGGAGAUUCUCGAGGUUUCUAAUUCCAUCUACUAAUGGAAACGAAGUUGUGUUGCUACAUUAUACAAAUCACAUUACUGUUUUGUUCUCUCCACUGUCAAUUCUGUUUUACUAAUUGAAAAAGUGGACUCAUGUUAUGUGUG